AUGGCUGCCGGCUUCAGACGGAGGAUGAAGAUAAAGAUGGCUUGCGAUUGUCAGUUAACCCAUCCCCCCCUCGUUUUACAUAAUCCACGCUUCGCAGACAAGCAGAAGGCAGGAGGAGCAAAGACCUGGAUGGUCGACGACCUUGUAAUCAUUACCAAACUCAUAAUUACCAUCAUCCCGCUGCCGGGCCUGGUCGGCCACCGAGCUACACCUAUAACGCUGGUGCUGGGCGGCCUACAAGCCCUAUGCCUCCAGCGCAACAAUUACCCCCUCCUAUCAACACCGGAAUUGCUUAUCCCCAGGCUGGUGCUCCCCAGAAUCGCCGGGGCCCCCCAACCACCAGGCUACGGAGGCUAUCCUUCCCACGCCCCUCAUGGCUUACAGCAGCAGCAGCAGCCAAUAUCUACAUAUGGACGCACGCACGCUGGCGGCGAACUUGAUGCAACCGGCCGAAGCAAGGCUCAGCUUAUUGUAGGAAUAGAUUUUGGAACUACAUUUUCGGGCGUCGCGUUCGCAUUUGUUACCAACACAGAAGCGCGAGAGGACAUAAUCACGGAGUGGCCUGGUGCUGGAGCUCACGCAAAGCAAAAGAUUCCAACUGUCCUUUACUACGAUCAGUAUCAGAAAGUUGUUGGAUGGGGCCCUGAUAUUGCUGAUGCUCUUGCCCCUACGGGCUACCCGAAGCAAGGUGUUCAGAAAGUGGAGUGGUUCAAAUUACAGCUGAUGCUCUCUGGAAACACCUAUAUCGAUCCAAUUAAUCUACCUCCCCUUCCCCCCGGUAAGUCAGAAAUCGAUGUUGCAGCAGAUUACCUAAUGAAAUUGCGCGGUGCCAUGCGAAAUCAAUUACAAAAGACCUUGGGUGAAGUAUUUAAUCGAGAGGAACGAAAUAUUCGAUAUUUCUUGACCGUCCCUGCUAUCUGGAAUGAUGCUGGCAAGGCUGCUACCCGCGCUGCCGCAAUCGCCGCUGGGUUUUUGCGGGACGAGAAUGAUAAUCGUCUAACCUUGAUCACGGAACCCGAAGCUGCCGCGAUGUUUUGCGCCAAAGCCGGCUUACUGAAUCUGAAAAUUCAUGAUGCAAUUCUGAUCGUUGAUUGUGGAGGCGGGACAGUCGACUUGAUCGCAAAAAUGAAACUUCCUGAUGGCUCAAGAACUGCAGGAAGAGUUUACGCCAAGUGUAUUAUGGAUUUUGAGAACCGAAUCAAAGCCGAUUUCCGAAAUAACGGUCAGAAAUGGGCGGUGGAUGUUGGUAUUGAAGCUGAUUUCCCAGAGGCUGGUAUUGAAGAGGGAUAUAUGACUUUUACGAAUGAAGAAAUCCUCCAGUGUUUUGAACCCGUUGUGAACAGGAUUCUCGAGCUCGUGGCUCCUGGUGCAACGUUGAUGUACGAGGAUAUUCUGUACGCUUGUGAUGAAGACGUUUGUCCGGAAUAUACGAAGGAUCCACGAAUCAAAGAGGUCGUUACUCUUACUUCCGAUCUUUCCAGAAAGAACCUUGAGAAAGAUUUUGAGCGGAUGGACACCCCACAAGGAACAUUUUACCGUGUCUACUUCGAUAUUUAUCUCACCCUGGAUGGAAGCGAGUUCAACGCCGAACUUGUCUGUCAGGGUGAGGUCAUGGGACGCUGUUCAGCAAGGUUCAGAUAA